CAACGGCCGUUGCUUGGGGGCGGGAUUUAUGGAAAAGACAGUUCCGUUGAUCUGUGUGACAUCACAUUUUGGCAUUUCUUUGUUCCCUGUGACAUCAUGUUCAAAUCCCUUGAUGCUUUGAUGUUGAAAGCUUUGAUGUUGAUGUUAAAAACCCAAUAAGUGUCUCCCACACACUGAUUCUCAGCAUUGUGUUAAACUCAGACAUUGGUACGUGAAAACUGAGCCCAGUGCAGUUCACAGAGCCCAGUGCAGUUCAUAGAACGGAUCAAGUAUCAAGCAUCGAAGGUAACAUCAUAACAAUUACCAUGAAUACAACAGGAAACUUGUGCUCAGAAGAGAUGGCGGUGGUCACAGUCGACACUUUUCGCCCGCUGAUCCAAAAAUUUGUUGGAAGGAUGACAGAGGACCGGUGGAUACUGCUGAAAUCCGGUUCUCCUGACGAUACCACCAAAAUCUUGUUGGCUGAGCUGCUGUUGGAAAUCAUACAAGCAAUGACAAACACCCUUUUGGCCACACUCAAGAACACAAGUGUGGCAAUUUCUGAGGAGCUAGUCGAAGUCAAACUGGGUGACACACUGAGUCAGAGCUUUGCCGAGGUUCUGGACAUAAAGGACCGAGACCAGUGUGACAGCCCCCAACGACUGACAAGCCUGCUGGCUAAGGAGGUUGCAGAGAGCGUCAGCUCUGCCCUUUCUGCUCAGAAGAGCUCUGGGUCUGGAAUAAGCCAGCACAUCACUCCUCCGCACAGACUUAACAACAUGCUCAAACAUGCUUCCAAAAUGCUUAAAAAGUUUGCCGCCAAGAUUAGAAUUCGCACACCCCGGGGACAUCGGCAGACAGUAAGCCAGACCACCUCCCUAGAGAAGACCAGCUUAGAGCUGUUACUGGAGGAUCUGGAGAACAAAGACUUCGAUUUCAUCUGUAGUUCACACGGGGAAGAGCUACAAACCCCAGAGGAGGAGCCACAAGACGCAGAGGAGGAGCCACAAGACGCAGAGGAGGAGCCACAAGACGCAGAGGAGGAGCCACCACAAGACCGAUUUGUGGCUGAAACAGCUAAAGUAGUCCAGGAAAUAAUUGAGAGAGCUGUUAGUGAGAUCACAGAGCCUCUUUUGCAGGAUGAAGUGGAUUCGGAGUACGAGGAGCUGCAGUCUGAAUCCUCUUUUCAAAUUGAGGUUGUGUCAUAUGACAUCAGUCAACUCAUUGCCAGUGAGGUCUUCAAGUCUUCAACUCCACAAUCCAAAGAGAAGUGUAGACUCAGUCUGACAGAAGUAAGCAGCAUUAUAAAGACCUUCUUUGUGAAGGUCCUCGCCAAAACAUCAAUACUUCGCAUUGUGGCACAAAUGAAGAGGAAAUUCCGACACGAGUCCGAAGCUGAAAGCAGCCAGUCAAUGCAGUCUCUCAUUGAUAGUUUUGAGUCGUUGCUUUUGGUGGAGAAUGGGGAUAAACAGAAAGACCAAGGUGGGAAUGAGCUUUGCUUAUUUCCCAGAUAUAAAACUCUUUCUGGGAAUAACGUUGUGGUGAUGACCAAGAAACUCACCGAAAUGAUGUACUGCUACAUCAAAUAUGGGACCGUCAUGCCGGAGAUCAUCCCGAAAGCCAUCAGGAGGAAGGCAGCGGCUCGUCCUGUGGUUGAUCCUGCCAUGUAUGAGGACAUACGGAAGAAAAUCCGCUGCUUCCUGGCUCUGAUCAACUGGUGGCAGAAAACCCAGGCUGCCAGCCACUCCGACAGACUCACACUGGCUUUACAAGGCACUGAGUCAGUUGCACAGAGUCCCUUAAAAGAGGUCGCAGAGGAGAACGCAUGCCUGAUACCUACUCCAGCGCCAGCCACUAAACGUAAUAAAAAACGUAAUCGUAAGAAGACACGAUCCCCACAGGAAGUUGCAGGGGCACAGGAGGACACAAUGGGGGAGAUAAACAAGAAAGCAGUCCUGUUCCUCGUGGAGAGGCUGGUAUCUAGGCUGUACAACAAGGCCAAAUUGAACUGGACCACAACGCAGCCAGAGGUCAUCAUCCAGCGUCUCUUCGAGAGGAUAUGGGCCGAAGUCGAGGGAGCAGAAUUGAGAAUAACCCCAGAGAAGUUUGAAGACCUCGACAAGGCGGUGAUCAAACCCCUGGCGAAAAUGUGGGGCUGUGCAACGCAUUUGCUGAUUUCGAUUAAUUUACAGGAGCCACAAGCCGAAAAAGUCAUCACCAACUAUUUGUACCACCACCUUACUGCAAAGAAACGGAGUGCCAUCUCCAGGUUCUUCUCCUCACUGGGAAAAGCCCUCUCCAAGCCCUUCAGACGGGCAUAGAGGGUCAGGGUUAUUUAGGGGGAGGGGGUAGUUAUUUAGGGGGUAGGUAGUAAAGAGCUUCAGUCCUGCCUUACCUCCACGUGAGGCAGGACUGGACCUCUCAGGGUAAUCUCAGGGGCCAAGCCCUUCAGACGGGCAUAGAGGGUCAGGGUUAUUUAGGGGGAGGGGGUAGUUAUUUAGGGGGU